AAUGCGUACGGUGGUAGUAGAAGAAAAAUGUAAGUAAUAGCCAUAGUAGAUAAUAUUCUAUAAUGAAUAAUAUGACUUUGGCUUUAGUUUUUGCGAUUUUAUUUAUCGGUGGAAUAUCUACUGCUACAAACAAAGAAAUUGUCCAACAAUUAAGACACAAUGCCCUAUGUCUUCAGGCUGGAUUUUCUUGCCCUGCAGUAGACAGUCAAACAUCGGUUUACUUUCCAUUAGCAGAUUGCACCAAGUUCUGUCAAUGUUCCAACGGAGUUCCAUAUCUACACAAUUGUCCGCCGGGGUUACAUUUCAAUCCAAGUCUUAACGUUUGUGAUUAUCCUGCGCAGGCUGGAUGUACCGGUGAAGGGGUUGUAGUAAGUACAACAACUACUACUACAACUACUACUACCACUACGCCGGCUCCAACUACUACCACUACGACUACCACAACACCUGCUCCUACUACUACUUCGGCGCCGACCACCACCUCUACUUCAACUACUGCUCCUACAACAACAACUCCCACUACCACUACUUCUGCCCCAGUAACCACCACUAGGACGACCACAACACCUGCUCCCUCCACUACAUCGGGACCAAUUACUUCAACAACUGCUGCUACAACUAUAAAAGUUGAUAAUUUAUGUCUUCAGCAAAACAUAGCUUGUCCAGCAGUUGAUGGACCAGAUUCCGUCUAUUUCUCACAUAGCAAUUGUUCUAAAUUUUGCCAAUGUUCCAACGGUGUGCCAUAUGAACACACUUGUCCAGAAGGUCUUCAUUUUAAUGCAAAAUUGAAUAUUUGUGAUUGGCCACAGAAUGCAGGAUGUAGUGGAACAGAUGUAACUCAACCGACUGUUGAACCUACCACAAUUACAACUGCCAAUUCUUCGACAGCUACAAACAGUACAACUGAAAGUUCAACUACAGUUUCGUCUACUACGACCACGCAAGAAACUCCUCAAGACACUACAACUCUUAGUGAUAAUAUUUGCAUUCGUGAAAAUAUAAUUUGUCCUGUUGUUGACGGACCAAAUUCAGUGUACGCAGCUGUAUCAGAUUGUACCAAAUUUUGCCAAUGCUCAAAUGGUUACCCAUACCAGCAGAACUGUCCAGUAGGUUUACACUUUAAUCCAAAACUGAACGUCUGCGACUGGCCUGAAGAUGCUGGUUGUACUGGAGGUACCACCGCAGUCACUAGAACUGCUCAAAGUACUACUUCCACAACAACUGUAAGUAGCACAAGCGAAACCACAAUAACUACAGAGGAAGUUACAACUCAGAGAGUUAAAAACGGAACUGAAAUUUGCCUUGAAAAUAAUAUAGUAUGUCCUGUUAUCGAUGGUCCUGACUCAGUAUAUGCAGCUUUACCAGAUUGUACCAGAUUCUGCCAAUGUUCAAACGGCCUACCAUAUUUGCACAGUUGUCCACAUGGUUUACAUUUUAAUCCAAAUCUAAACGUAUGCGACUGGCCUGAAGAUGCAGGAUGUACCGGUGGUACUACCACCACAGAAAUAAAUAUUACGCAAAAUGAAACGACUGAAAAAACAACCACAAUCAUUGUAACAAGCACUAACGCAGAAGCUAGUACCACUCAAGAUACUUCUAAUGGACCACAAAAUACAACAAAAAUAUGUUUACAGCAUGGUAUCCAAUGUCCCAAGAUAGAUGGUCCUAAUUCCAUCUAUGGAGCAUUACCUGAUUGCACCAAAUUUUGUCAGUGUUCAAACGGAAUACCAUAUCUGCAUAGAUGUCCAGUUGGAUUACAUUUUAACCCUACUCUGAGUGUGUGUGACUGGCCUGAAGACGCAGGAUGUGUUGGUGAGGUCACAACAGAAAAGACAACUGAAAAUAUUACCAGUGACGCAACCACUGAAAAUAUAUCAACUGUACCAUCAAAUACUACCACUUCUGACACAGCUUCAUCUGAAGCAAGCACCAAUAAUUAUAAUACAAAUUCAGCUGAUGCUAGUACUCCCUCUGUGUCAACCCCAGCAAGCAGAGAUAAUACUACUACAGAAAACACAACUCAAGAUAUAACCAGCGAUGUAACCACUGAAAAUAUAUCAACUGUACCAUCAAAUGCUACCACUUCUGACACAGUUUCUUCUGAAGCAAGUACCAAUAAUUAUAAUACAAAUUCAACUGAUGCAAUUACUCCCUCUGUGUCAACCCCACCAAGCAGAGAUAUUACUACUAUAGAAAACACAACUCAAGAUAUAACCAGCGAUGUAACCACUGAAAAUAUAUCAACUGUACAAUCAAAUGCUACCACUUCUGACACAGCGUCAUCUGAAGCAAGUACCAAUAAUUAUAAUACAAAUUCAACUGAUGCAAUCGCUCCUUCUGUGUCAACCCCAGCAAGCGGAGAUAAUACUACUACAGAAAACACAACUCAAAAUAUAACCAGUGAGGCAACUACUGAAAAUAUAUCAAGUGUACCAUCAAAUACUACCACUUCUGAACCAACCACUGAAGCAAGUACUAAUAAUGAUAAUAAUAGUACUGCCAUCAGCACUGAAGGUACAACUGCUAACACUCCAACUGAAAGUAAUAUCACAGAAGAAAAUACGUCUGCAAGUAAUAGUACUGAAGGUAAUACAACAGAGAAUAGUAGCACAAAGGAUACUACUACAGAAGUAAGUUCAACGAGUGAAGAACACACCUCCGAUGGUAGUACGACUGUCGCUCCACGAAAUGAAACAUCAUUAUGUCUUCGAAGUAACAUUGUUUGCCCUGCAAUAGAUGGAGCAGAAUCAGUUUACGCUUCUCUACCGGACUGUACCAAAUUCUGUCAGUGCUCAAACGGAGUACCUUAUCUUCAACAUUGUCCAGCUGGCCUACACUUUAAUCCUACACUAAAUGUGUGCGAUUGGCCAGAAGAUGCAGGCUGCACAAGCGGUAAUAAUAGUACUUCUAUCAGCACUGAAGGUACAACUGCUAGCACUCAAACUGAAAAUAAUAGCACAGAAAAAAGCACCUCUGCUAGUAAUAGUACCGAAGGAAAUACAACCGAAAAUAAUAACGCACAAAAUAAUACCACCGAAAUAUCUACUACACAAGCCAGUAUUACAAGUGACACUAGCGUAGAUGUAACACAAGACAAUUCUAACAGUAGUACGACUCCACAAGAUGGGUUAGAACUAUGUAUUAAACACGACGUUGUUUGCCCUGAAGUCGACGGACCAGUUUCAGUUUAUGCCCGCUUACCAGACUGUACCAAAUUCUGUCAAUGUUCUAAUGGGGUACCGUAUCUGCAUCAUUGUCCACUAGGUCUACAUUUCAAUCCUUCACUAAAUGUUUGUGAUUGGCCAGAAGAUGCAGGUUGUAAUAAUGUAAUAGAUGUAACUGAAAGUACUUCAAAAGAAGGCAGCACUUCUACUGCCACAACAGAAUAUAAUGAGGUCACUACUAAAAAUAAUACUACCAACGAAAGUACCGAUUCCACAGAUGUCCCCAAUACUACGGAGAGUCAAACCAAAACUACUACUGGCGAAAAUGUAACUGACAAUGUUACAACAGAAGAUAAUAUUUCUAGUAGCACAACAGGUGAUGUAGAUGAAACAAGCGCUGAUAAUAGAACCACGGACGAAGGUACUACUGAAAACAACACAGAUGUCCCCAGUACUAUGGAAAGUGAAACCGAGACUGCAACUGGUGACAAUGUAACUGAUAAUGUUACCACAGAAGAGAACAUUUCUAGUAGCACAACAGGUGAUGUGGAAGAAACAAGCGCUGAUAAUAAAACCACAGACGAAGGUACUACCGAAAACGACACAGAUGUCACCAGUACUACGGACAGUCAAACCGAGACCUCAACUGGUGACAAUGUAACUGAUAAUGUUACCACAGAAGAUAAUAUUUCUAGUAGCACAACAGGUGAUGUGGAAGAAACAAGCGCUGAUAAUAGAACCACGGACGAAGGUACUACUGAAAACAACACAGAUGUCUCCAGUACUACGGAGAGUCAAACCGAAACUGCAACUGGUGGAAAUGUAACUGAUAAUGUUACCACAGAAGAGAACAUUUCUAGUAGCACAACAGGUGAUGUGGAAGAAACAAGCGCUGAUAAUAGAACCACCGACGAAGGUACUACCGAAAACAACACAGAUGUCCCCAGUACUACGGGCAGUCAAACUGAGACUACAACUGGUGAAAAUGUAACUGAUAAUGUUACCACAGAAGAGAAUAUUUCUAGUAGCACAACAGGUGAUGUGGAAGAAACAAGCGCUGAUAAUAGAACCACGGACGAAGGCACUACAGAAAACUACACAGAUGUCCCUAGCACUUCGGACAGUCGAACUGAGACUACCACUGGUGACAAUGUGACUGAUAAUGUUACUACAGAAGAAAAUAUUUCUAGUAGCACAACAGGUGAUAUGGAAGAAACAAGCACUGAUAAUAGAACCACCGACGAAGGUACUACUGAAAACAACACAGAUGUCCCCAGUACUACGGACAGUCAAACCGAGACUACAACUGGUGACAACGUAACUGAUAAUGUUACCAGAGAAGAGAACAUUUCUAGUAGCACAACAGGUGAUGUGGAAGAAACAAGCACUGAUAAUAAUACCACCGACGAAGGUACUACUGAAAACAAACCAGAUGUCUCCAGUACUACGGAGAGUCAAACCGAGACUGCAACUGAUGACAAUGUAACUAAUAAUGUUACCACAGAAAAGAACAUUUCUAGUAGCACAACAGGUGAUGUGGAAGAAACAAGCACUGAUAAUAGAACCACUGACGAAGGUACUACUGAAAACAACACAGAUGUCCCCAGUACUACGGACAGUCAAACCGAGACCUCAACUGGUGACAAUGUAACUGAUAAUGUUACCACAGAAGAGAACAUUUCUAGUAACACAACAGGUGAUGUGGAAGAAACAAGCACUGAUAAUAGAGCAACCGACGAAGGUACUACUGCAAACAACACAGAUGUCCCCAGUACUUCGGACAGUCAAACUCAGACUACCACUGAUGACAAUGUAACUGAUAAUGUUACCACAGAAGAGAAUAUUUCUAGUAGCACAACAAGUGAUAUGGAAGAAACAAGCGCUGAUAAUAGAACCACGGACGAAGGCAUAACUGAAAAAAACACAGAUGUCCCCAGUACUACGGACAGUCAAACCGAGACCUCAACUGGUAACAAUGAAACUGAUAAUGUUACCACAGAAGAAAAUAUUUCUAGUAGUACAACAGGUGAUGUGGAAGAAACAAGCGCUGAUAAUAGGACCACGCACGAAGGUACUACUGAAAACAACACAGACGUCCCCAGUACUUCGGACAGUCAAACUCAGACUACCACUGAUGACAAUGUAACUGAUAAUGUUACCACAGAAGAGAAUAUUUCUAGUAGCACAACAAGUGAUGUGGAAGAAACAAGCGCUGAUAGUAGAACCACGGACGAAGGCACAACUGAAAACAACACAGAUGUCCCCAGUACUACGGAUAGUCAAACCGAGACCUCAACUGGUGACAAUAAAACUGAUAAUGUUACCACAGAAGAAAAUAUUUCUAGUAGUACAACAGGUGAUGUGGAAGAAACAAGCGCUGAUAAUAGAACCACGGACGAAGGUACUACUGAAAACAACACAGACGUCCCCAGUACUUCGGACAGUCAAACUCAGACUACCACUGAUGACAAUGUAACUGAUAAUGUUACCACAGAAGAGAAUAUUUCUAGUAGCACAACAAGUGAUGUGGAAGAAACAAGCGCUGAUAAUAGAACCACGGACGAGGACACAACUGAAAACAACACAGAUGUCCCCAGUACUACGGACACUCAAACCGAGAUCUCAACUGAUGACAAUGUAACUGAUAAUGUCACCACAGAAGAUAAUAUUUCUAGUAGCACAACAGGUGAUGUGGAAGAAACAAGCGCUGAUAAUAAAACCACAGACGAAAGUACUACUGAAAACAACACAGAUGUCCCCAGUACUACGAACAGUCAAACCGAGAUUUCAACUGAUGACAAUGCAACUGAUAAUGUUACCACAGAAGAUAAUAUUUCUAGUAGCACAACAGGUGAUGUGGAAGAAACAAGCGCUGAUAACAGAACCACCGACGAAGGCACAACUGAAAACUACGCAGAUGUCCCCAGUACUACGAAGAGUCAAACCGAGACUACAACUGGUGACAAUGUAACUGAUAAUGUUACCACAGAAGAGAAUAUUUCUAGUAGCACAAGAGGUGAUGUGGAAGAAACAAGCGCUGAUAACAGAACCACGGACGAAGGCACUACUGAAAACUACACAGAUGUCCCCAGUACUACGGACAGCCAAACCGAGACUACAACUGGUGACAAUGUAACUGAUAAUGUAACCACAGAAGAGAAUAUUUCUAGUAGCACAACAGUUGAUGUGGAAGAAACAAGCGCAGAUAACAGAACCACGGACGUAGGCACUACUGAAAACUACACAGAUGUCCCCAGUACUACGAACAGUCAAACCGAGACUACAACUGGUGACAAUGAAACUGAUAGUGUUACCACAGAAGAGAAUAUUUCUAGUAGCACUACAGCUGAUGUGGAAGAUACAAGCGCUGAUAAUAGAACCACGGACGUAGGCACUACUGAAAACUACACAGAUGUCCCCAGUACUACGGACAGUCAAACCGAGACUACAACUGGUGACAAUGUAACUGGUAAUGUUACCACAGAAGAGAAUAUUUCUAGUAGCACAACAGGUGAUGUGGAAGAAACAAGCGCUGAUAAUAGAACCACGGACGAAGGCACUACUGAAAACUACACAGAUGUCCCCAGCACUGCAAAAACUACUACUGAAAAUAAUAUUGAUGAAAAGACUACAUCUGCAAGCAAUAGUACCGAGGAAAGUAGUAACACAGACGUUACUACUACAGAAGCUAUCGGUUCAAGCACAGAUAACACAAAUGAUGACGCUAACAAUACUACAACUCUUGCUCCAGGAAAUGGAACAGCCAUAUGUCUUCAAAACAAUGUUGUUUGCCCUGCAAUCGAUGGACCAGAUUCAGUGUUCGCGUCUGUAUCUGAUUGUACCAAAUUUUGUCUAUGUUCAAAUGGAGUUCCUUAUCUUUACAAGUGUCCAGGAGGUCUACACUUCAAUCCUUCACUAAACGUAUGUGAUUGGCCUGAAAAUGCUGCAUGCACAAAUAAUAAUAACGAUACAACUUCUACAGAAGCAACGGUAACAACGGAGGGUACAAAUGCAGAUGAAACUACAACUGAAAUAAGUACCACUGAAAGUAAUGCUGCUGUAAAUGGAACUGAAACUUGUCUCAGAAAUAAUGUUGUCUGCCCAGUUGUUGACGGAUACGAUUCAGUGUACGCCGCUUUACCUGACUGCUCCAAAUUUUGCCUGUGCCUGAACGGUGUGCCAUUCGAACAUCAAUGUUCAGAUGGUCUGCUCUUUAAUCCACGAUCAAAUGCCUGCGAUUGGCCUCAGAGAACGUCUUGUUCUGGUGACAAUAACGUAACCACUUCUGCAGUUCCCGCUGUUUCAACCGAAUAUCUUACAGAAGAAGAAACAACAGUACACAGUAGUUCAACAAGUAAUGGUGAGAAUAAUGUAACAGGUUCUGUAGUUCCCGCUGUUUCCACCGAAGAUCUUACAGAAGAAGAAACAACAGCACAAAGUAGUUCAACAAGUAAUGGUGAGAAUAACGUAACAGGUUCUGCAGUUCCUGCCGUUUCUACUGAAGAUCUUACAGAAGAAGACACAACAGUUCAAAGUAGUUCAACAAGUGAAGAAAGCCGCAACGAAUUACCAGUUGGAUCGGAAGAGUGUUUGCAAAAUAAUGUUGUUUGCCCAGCAGUUGAUGGCAAGUUCCCAGUAUAUGCAGCACUUCCAGAUUGUACCAAAUUCUGUCAAUGUUCGAAUGGAGCACCAUACCUUUACAACUGUCCAGGAGGUUUACACUUCAAUCCUUCACUAAAUGUUUGUGAUUGGCCAGAAGAUGCUGGUUGUGAAAGAUCAAUAUAGUACCGUCAAAUUCUUCAAAUAUUUUGGUAUUAUAAAUUUUGAAUAAGAGAAAAUGCUGACAAAAAACUGUUUACUAAUAUACUCAUACUAGUUACUGAUUUUAUAUUUUGAUCCAAAGAGAUUAUAAAAAUAAAUUAAUAUAAGCAAA